GACAACUUUUCAUAUAGUCUGAUCUGAUAUCAAACCGAUUUGAUUGUAACAACUUAAAUGGUAAUAUAGCAGUCAUGAAAAUUGGUAGGUAUAAUGGAAAUUUGUGAUAACCACGAAUAGGCUACAGGUUUUCUCAGACUGCCGUGUUUUUCUUACGAGAGAAAACCGGCUCCAUAUUGUGAAAAUUGAUAACACAAAAUUGUUGACAUACCUAUUUAUUUUUGUCAUGAUAGCAAUGAGCAUUUAAAACGCGUUACUCAAUUUUGUAUCUAUGUAAUUGUAGUAUGUUACAUUCGUUUCGAUAAUUCGAUGUAUUUAUUUGAUAAUUUAAACAAUAGAAAUUUAAAUAAAAUGUGUUCAAUUUUUAGAAGGCUAUAUUACUCGAUAACAAUCAGCGCUUAGUGUAUUCGUUAUGAGAGGCAAGCAAAACUUAGUCAAUCAGAACCCAAUAUUAAAAGUCGUGAUUUUAGGCGAUAGCAAUGUAGGAAAGUCUUGUCUUAUGAAUAGGUUUGUUAGUAACAGUUUUAGCGAGCAAACACUACAUACACUUGGCGUAGAAUUUCUUCAAAAAGAACUUGAAAUCAAUGGCGUUGUGUACACUUUACAAAUAUGGGAUACAGCCGGACAAGAGAGAUUUCGUACUCUGCGAACACCGUUCUAUAGAGGUACUGAUAUUUGUCUUUUAACGUUUGCUGUUGACGAUCUACAGAGCUUCAAGAGUGUAGAAUUUUGGAAAAAAGAAUUCUUAAAAUUUUCUCGAACGACUGAUGUUAAUUUUCCAUUUCUUGUUGUUGCCACUAAAGUCGAUGUAAAGCAACGAGCUAUUUCUGAAGACGAAUCUAAGAAAUGGUGUUCAGAUUUUUUAAACGCACCAUAUGUUGAGACUAGUUCUAAGUCUGAUAUGAAUAUAGAGACUGCAUUUGCUUUUGCUGUUGAGCUGUGGGCUUCUAUCGAGAGACCUUCAGACACAAAAAUUUGUCAUAGUAAUUUAGUUAAGUUGUCAAGGCCAAUAAGUGGUAGUGCAGCUUGUCCAACAGCUGAAGUAGUGAAAUCUAAGUGUUGUUAAAAUGUAAGAUAAUAUGUGAUAAACUAAACUUCCAUUAGUUUUAAUAUUUUUGUACUACCAAUGAACUAAUUAUUAUUAGGUAUCAUUUUUUAAAGUUUUUUAUACUUAAUAUGGCUAUUGAAAUCUUUUCUUAAAACGAUGAGAAAAUAAUCAA